AUGAAUGGCGACGAGAAAAUUGAGGUUCCCGAACCUGUCGAAGAUAGCCAUGAGACCUUGAAGACUGAGCUGUCAGCAUGGAAAGCCUACUGGCGUCUCCUAACCUAUGCCAACUCUGUUGACAUCGUCUUGCGAAUAUGCGGUGCAGCUGCAGCUGCGGCGGCAGGCUCAGCAUUGCCCUUGAUGACAAUCAUUCUUGGAGACUUUGUCCAAGACUUCAACGGCUGGGGGACAGGUGGAAUCCAGCCUGCCGACUUUCGGCACAAGGUCAACCAGAAUACGCUCUGGUUGGUGUAUCUUUUUGUCGGAAAGUUUGCGAUGGGCUACUGUGGCACUGUCAUGCAUUCCAUCUCUGCUUCUCGUAUAACUCGCAGGAUCCGUCUCCGGUAUCUCCAGACCGUUCUACAUCGACCCAUCUCUUACUUUGAUCACCACACGGCGGGUUCUAUAGGCUCGAGUUUGUCGACAGACACCAAUCUGAUUGAGGUCGGACUUGCUGAAAAGGUUGCCACAGCCUUUCAAUCGAUCUCAAUGUUGGUCACAGCCUUUGCCAUUGCAUUCAUCAAAUCUUGGAGACUGACACUUGUGAUUGCCGCGAUCGUUCCAUACAUGGUGCUGACAACUGGACUUCUCUCGCUUCUGGAUGCAAGAAUCGAGGCGCAAAUGCGUACGACUUACGUGAAAGCAUCCGGUAUGGUUGAAGAAUGGCUGAGCAGUGUUCUCACCAUCACGGCCCUUGGUGCGGCAGACAAGGUCACGGCACAAUACAAGCAAGUCAUCGAGAGAAACAAGAUCUUUGGCAUCAAGAGAGGACCAAUCGAGGCUUCAAUCUUCGGGAAUAUGUGGUUUGCGGUGCACAGCGGCUACGCACUGGCGCUAUACUACGGAGUACGACUGCUCAACCGUGAUGAGAUAGAGAACGGAGGCGCUCUUAUAACGGUGUUGAUGGCUAUUGUUAUAGGGAGUUCGUCGAUGGGACUAGUUGCUCCUUCUCUACCAAAUUUCAUCAAGGCUGCAGCAGCGGCGCAGCAGGUUCUGAAGGUAUUGGACGAAUCUUCCUUCGGAGAUGCGGGAACAGGUCAGUCUCGCCAGAUCAUACCCGAGACAAUCACCGGGCAGUUGAGUCUGAGAAACGUCUCGUUCUCCUACCCGACAAGACGAACCAUUCGCGUUCUGAACGACUUGAGCAUAGAAAUUCCUGCCAACAAGCUGACUGCAAUUGUCGGUCACAGUGGAUGUGGCAAGAGUACCGUCGUGGGGCUCUUGGAGCGGUGGUAUGAUCCUAAUGAAGGCUCGAUUUAUCUGGAUGGCACAAAUAUACAAGAGCUCAGCCUCGAUUGGUUGAGAGGGCAGAUUGGGUUGGUGCAACAGGAGCCCAUGCUGUUCAACGAUACCAUCUACGGAAAUGUUCUGAAUGGAUUGGGUGAGACACAUGUCAACGGACUGGACGAAAGAGACCAGCGUCGAUUGGUCAUCGAGGCUUGCAUCACGGCAGACGCACACGAGUUCAUACAAGCACUCCCCGAAGGGUACAACACCAAAGUCGGCGAACAUUCUGAUCUCCUGAGUGGUGGCCAAAAGCAAAGGAUUGCAAUCGCCAGAAGCAUCAUUUCGAAACCAAAAAUCCUUUUACUGGACGAGGCCACCAGCAGCCUAGAUCGGGACUCUCAGAGGGUUGUACAACAAGCACUGGCAAGAGCUGCUCAGGGCAGAACAACGGUGAUGAUCACGCACCAGUUGUCCACGAUCGAGCAUGCGGACAAUAUCGUCGUUAUGGAGGACGGCCACGUCAGAGAGCAAGGGAAUCAUGCCUCUCUUGCAGCUGCAGACGGGCCAUAUGCUCAUCUUCUCCGCGCAAAGAGCUUGAUCAGGGGUAAGGAGAAUACUAGGGCGUUGAACGAGGCAAUACAGGAGAGAGUCAAAAAAGCUACAGCCGCGACCCAGAGAUCGGGCUCCGCGAAGGGCCCUCAAACAAGACAAGCCGCGGUGGGAGCUACCAUUGAGGCAACAUCCGUCAGUCGCCGCUUUUCUCUGAUCAAAUGCCUGCUCAUGAUACUCUCCGACCAAAAAAGGAUCAUACCUAUAUUCGUGGGUGGUCUAAUGGGGGGCGCUGCCGCCGGUGCUCUCAUACCCAUCCAAGCCUUUCUUUUCUCCAGACUUGUCACCAUCUUUCAAUAUCAGGGUUCGAAGCUGCUCUCCCGGGCCGACUUCUGGGCGCUUAUGUUCUUCAUGCUGGGGUUGGCGCAUUUGAUCACGUUCGCCGUCACUUGGUUUUUGUUUGCGAUAGCGGGCGCCCAAAGUUCUCUGAAAUACCGCGUGGAGUACUUGAGAGGCUUGCUCGUUCAAGACAUUACCUUCUUUGAGGAGGGCGGAAAUUCGUCCGGAGGCUUGACCGCAUUGCUGGGACUUGACGGCGACGAAAUGGACUUGAUGAUCGGCUUGAACCUUGGACUGCUUGUCCUCUUUGUUGUCGAUUUGAUCUCCAACGCCAUCCUGGCACUGGCCGUCUACUGGAAGCUGGCCUUGGUGGGGGUUUUUUGUUGCGUGCCGUUGCUUCUCCUGGCCGGCUACUUGCGCAUGAGGAUCGACCGGGAAUCAGAGGAGCGGGCGGCGAAGUUCUUCAUGGAGAGUGCCCGCUUCAGCUCCGAGGCGGUUGGAGCGAUUCGGACCGUUGCAUCCCUGACAAUGGAGUCCAAGGUUAUUGAGCGGUAUUCGGCCAGAUUGAAGACCGCCGCUGUGAGCUCUUUGAGACGGACCAUGUUGUCCAUGCUCUUUUUCUCUCUCGCGGACUCCUCCGAUUUGCUAGCCAUGUCCUUAGUGUUUUGGUACGGCGGAAGGCUUGUCUCGUAUGGCGACCUGGGGGUUUCGGCGUACUUCUUGGUCUAUGGUGCCGUCAUUUUUGGAGGGCAAUCUGCUGGGUACUGUAUAGGAUACACCGCAAGCAUUACGAAAUCUCAAGCCGCGAUGAACCGUAUGUUUUACAUGAAGCAGAAAAGACCAGCCAUCAACUUCCAGCCAGGCAUCGACCCGCGCACACUGCCUUCCACAGACUUCGCCAUCGAGUUUAAGAACGUCGUUUUCCGCUACCCAGCUCGACCCGAUGUGACAGUCCUCCAUGAUCUCAACUUGAAGAUUCGACCUGGAGAAAAGGUAUGUAUAACGGGACCCAGCGGCUGUGGCAAGUCGACCAUCAUUGCGCUCCUCGAACGCUUUUACGACGUCACCGCUGGUGAAAUCUUCAUCAAUGGUACUGACAUCCGUUCGCUCGAUGUCCACACCUACCGCUCGAUGCUCGGGUUCGUGUCACAGGAGACCACCCUCUAUCAGGGCACGUUACGACACAAUCUACUCUUGGGUGUCAAAGACGAUGAGACUGUAACCGAUCAACAACUCGAAGCUGUUUGCCGGACCGCCAAUAUUCACGACUUCAUCAUCUCCUUACCGAGUGGCUACGACACCGAGUGCGGACCACACGGGCGAGCUUUCAGCGGCGGCCAGAGACAACGCAUUGCUUUAGCCAGGGCUCUCCUGCGCGACCCACAGAGCCUGCUCCUGGACGAAGCUACGAGCGCAUUGGACGUCGAGAAUGCGGAGCUGGUAAGAAACGCGUUGGACAAGGUUGCUGGUGGUGGUGGCUCGUUAGGCAACGGGAAGGAAGGAAAUGAUCACGCUCGAGGUCGGACCAUGGUCAACAUCUCGCACCAGGUGGAGACGAUGAAGUCCGCAGACAAGAUCAUCGUGGUGGACAAAGGCGCGGUGAUCGAGUCUGGGGCGUUUGAGGAGUUGAUGCAGAAGAAGGGAUUUCUUUGGACGAUGAUGGUGGAAGGUGACUUGAGGUAG